GUGCGACGUGCCCCUGACACAAGCGUCUGUAAACAGCUACGUCGGUGGAGUCUAGGGGAGUCACACUGGCAGAAGGAUCAGACAAUGAGAGAUUAAAGAAACGAAAUUAUUACAAGCUUGAAGCCUGCAAACCCCAGAAAGGAAGAACGUGAAUGUGUUCACCAGCGUCUGAAGUUCCUCUACCUCUCCCCUAGCUCUCUGACACUCACACUGACGUCACAUCAACAUACCACCUCGUGCCUGAUUUUUCAACUGACUAUAGUUUUUAUUCCUUAGCUUUACAACUACACCAGCAAGAGAGACUAAAGUUUGAGAGCAACUUAGAGAUAUUUUGGUACGAGCAGUUUGUAAAAAAAAUUACAUAAAAAAAAACGACGAGAAAAAUAAUAAAGAAACGAUAGUAAUCUCCAACAUUAAACACCUCUCAGGGUUCCUUUAGCUAGUCACACACAUCCCUGGUUAGACCACACUCUCAUCUACUGAAACAACAUUACAGCAAUCUUUACAUUCCGAGUCCUGAUAAACUAGACGUCUAGAAACACCCCCUCCAAGACCUGUCCUCCCAUCAUGGCCUUCAUCUCUCAGUCCAACGACCUGGACAUCCCUGACAACCACAAGGAGAGCUGGCUGGCCCUACUUGCGGCGGCGGAAGCAUACUGCCAAAAAUCCGGCUGUGACCUGGCCAUCCUCACAGCCUGUAAGAAGUUCCGUCCGUCCGUGGCGGUGGGAGACAGGAAGUGGGACUUUGUUUACCACGUGUGGGGCCAGGGGGCGCUGGGGGAGGCCUCCCGCCGCUACGUGGACGACAUCGCGGUUCUGCACUCCACCUCCAUGCUGACGGCUCACCGCCAGGCACGGCUUCCCGCCGGAGGGGCCGGGGCCAAGCUGCUCCUGGACACGUCCACGGAGACGGCGUCCAGGCCGGGCGUAGGAAGUGAGCUGGAGGUGGGGACCGCAAGUCCCAACAGCAGACUUUAUUCGCAGAGUUAUCCGUCCAUCUACAGUUCGGGGGCUGUGAUUGGCCAAGCUGGUGGGCAGCAGGCCAAUGGGGAGCGGGAGCAGGAGAUGAACGCCCUGGUGGAGGUGGAGAGAGGGAGAGAGAGGGCGGGGAUCGUGGAGGAGGAGUGUGAGGAGGAGGAGGAGGAGGAAGACAUGGAGGAACGGAGACGCAACUUAAACGAAUCAGCCGGUGUGUUCUCCAUGGAUGAAGACUCGCUGUCCCGCGACUGUGAGCCGUUCUUCGAGUCCGACGGGGAGGAGGAGAGCACGGAUGGGUCCCUGAGCGAGGAGGCUCCUCCCCCUCCACGCAGCAUGGCCAUGGGGCAGUCCUCCUCCUCCCGUCACCAGCAGGCCCUGGCCAUGGCGCGCUCCCUGCCCGUCAGUGUGCCUGUCUGGGGGUACAAGGGCAGCCGCGGGGCGCCCGGAGACGCCAACAGCGGGGAGCGGGCGGGCUGUGCAGACCUGGACCACAUCGCCGCCAGCAUGAAGGCCCUGCUGGACCCGGGGGCCACCGACGGGACAGAGAUGUUCGGAGCCCUGCCCCGACCCCGCCUCAACACGGGAGACUUCUCUCUCAAACACUGAGAGAGAGGAGGGGGAGAGGAGAGAGGGGGGGGGGGGGAGAGCAGAGGGGGAGGAGAGGAGAGGUAGGGAAGAGAGAGGGAGAAGGAAAGGAGAGGAGAGGGAAGAGAGAGGGGGGAGGAGAGGGAGAAUCAGAAGGAAAGACAGGAAUCCGUUAAAGGGUCGGCGACUGUGACUGAAUGAGUGGAGAUUGGGAUUGUCUGGCAGACCUGCAGUCUGUGCUCCUGCCCGUGAUGAUGUCCUCUAGUUUCUUUAUCAGGAACAGCAGCCGCUGGGAGACGACUAACUAACAUGGAGCCACACAGCAGCCUCACUCUGUCAUCAUCACUCUGUCAUCAUCACUCUGUCAUCAUCAGCUCUGCCACGACACCUCCUCACACACCGUCACCAGAAACGCUACCGGCCACCCGCGUCCCCUGCUCCCGCGGUGCCCCGCCCCAACACUAACACAGGACAUGUUCUCACUUCUCCAGCUGGUAGCUUUUAGUACUUUGUGGAGUGAAACUGCGUAGACAAGACUAAAGGAAGGAAACUAAGCUAAUGUUGUGCUUGUAGCUUUUCAGAAUGGGAGGGGACUCGCCCAUGCCUCUACAAACAUGCCUAUUUGUACUUCUACUUUGCCAAUGAAUGAAUGACUGCUAAAAAGACGUGGAUACUAUCUGAGUGACAGUACUAUAUUAUGUUCCAAAUAUUGACUGAAUGAAUGAGCACGAGAGAGUUUGAGGUGGAAAGUGGUGGAACAGAGAUGCGUGCAUCUUAAACAAUGUUUAAGUUACUAUUUUUGUUUGAAAUAAAGGAGAGAAUUGAGGACUA